AUGAAAUUCGUUUUGUGCGAUCUGAGAAUUGUAAAAGGAACUCUUACGGUCGAAGAGGUGUACAAAGAUCGCGACCAAUUUGCAGCAUUGGUCAGAGAAGUUGCUGCACCUGAUGUCGGGCGAAUGGGCAUCGAAAUUCUGUCAUUCACAAUCAAAGAUGUUUACGAUGAUGUACAAUAUUUGCAAUCGUUGGGUAAGGCACAGACAGCGAGUGUUAAACGUGAUGCCGAUUCAGGUGUGGCUGAAGCAAACAGAGAUGCUGGUAUUCGUGAAGCUGAAUGCGAAAAAACAGCUAUGGAUGUGAAAUAUUCAACAGACACCAAAAUUGAAGAUAACUCGCGCAUGUUUAAGUUACAAAAAGCAAAUUUCGAUCAAGAAGUCAACACAGCGAAAGCCGAAUCUGCAUUGGCGUAUGAACUUCAAGCAGCUAAAAUCCGUCAGAAAAUUCGUAACGAAGAAAUUCAAAUUGAUGUCGUCGAGCGCAAAAAGCAAAUUGAAAUCGAAUCACAAGAAAUUUUGCGAAAAGAUUGCGAGUUGACGUCAACAGUUAAACUUCCAGCUGAAGCUGAAAGUUAUCGAGUUCAAACGAUUGCUGAAGGUAAACGAACACAAACGUUAGAAGCGGCUCGUGCCGAAGCUGAACGGAUAAAGAAGAUUGGAGGCGCUGAGGCUUUAGCCAUUGAAUUGGUUGGUAAAGCUGAAGCCGAAAGAAUGAGAAUGAAAGCAAGUGUCUAUAAGCAAUAUGGAGACGCUGCUAUCAUGAAUAUUGUUCUUGACUCGUUGCCUAAGUUAGCUGUCACCUAUCUUUAUUUUUCAACAAAUUUACUACGAAAUCAGGGGAUUGAUUCUUAA